UCGUGACUCUAGUCUCCGUACGUGUUCCACAGAUGGCUGGUUAUUUAGAUCAAGAUUGCGUCCUCUCCUCUCCCUAUCUCUCUCUCUCUCUCUCUCCGUCUCUGACGUAGGCCAAAGGACUCGACAUAACUCCAACCCUCCCACAGCUUUCGUUUUCUAUCUCACACGUCCUGUUCACUUGAGGUCUGAUCAGCUACCAACAUGGCGCUCGAAACGCUCUCUGUCUUCUCCAGAGCCCCUUAUGCCACGGCAUUCUUCUUCGUUGGCUUGUUUUAUCUUGUGAUUUACCCCCUUUUCGUGUACUUUAAAGACGCCAAAGGCCUACGCAAGUUCCAAAACUUCAGCACCUUCUCCGGCGCAUACAAUAUCCCCUUCAUGAUCUUGGCCCGUACCGGUGCCCGGUCAACCCAUCUUGUCCAGCUCCACAGAGAAAAAGGCCCGGUCCUCCGCACCGGCCCCAACACCCUCUCCUUCAGCGAUGUGCGUGCCAUCAAGGACAUCUACGGGCACGGAACCCCCUGCAUCAAGGACGAGUCGUACGUCUUGACGGCCGGCUCGCACUACCAUCUCGCCGACGUUGUCGAAAAGCACGACCACGCGAGGAAGCGCAAGGUCUUGUCGUCGGCCUAUGCCCUGAAGAACCUCGAAGGGUGGGAGCACAAGGUCGCCGACAAGGUCGAGAGGCUCUUCAAGCAGCUCGACAAGCUCUGCACCGACCCCCUUCCCAAGGGCCAGAUGUUCCCCCGGCCCGAGGACCUGACCGUCGACUACCGCAAAUGGGGUAACUUCUUCACGCUCGACGCCAUCGCUGACAUCGGCCUCUCCGAGCGGCUCGGUCUCCUCGACCGCGGCCAUGACAGAGUGCUCGCUCGCCGCAAGGACGGAACCACCUGGGAGGCGCCCCUCCGCGACUCCCUCUAUCCUACCGCCAGGAAGCAGUCCCUGCUCGUCUGGAGCUACGACAACUACAAGCUCCUCGACAAGCUGUCGAACCUCGUCCCCCGCUUCCGCCAGAUGACCGAGGCCUCCAAGGGCUGGGACGGGAUCGUGCUCCAGCUCGCGCACCAGCGCCUCGCGCGGUACAACGCGGGCGAGAAGCUCGACGACUUCUUCCAGGCGCUCAUGGAGAACAAGAACGGCGAGCCCAACAACCUCGAGUGGGGCGAGAUCGUCGCCGAGGUCAACAUCAUGAUGAACGCCGGCAGCGUGACGACGGCCAUCGCCGUCACCAACGUCCUGUACCAGCUGCUGAAGAACCCGGCGUGCCUCCGCCGGCUCCGCGAAGAGGUCGACGCCGUCCUCGACCCGGACGAGGCCGUCGCCCCUUACGACAAGGUCAAGCACCUCCCCUACCUCCGCGCCUGUCUCGACGAGUCCCUGCGCCUGUUCCCCCCGACGCCCCACGGCCUGCCGCGCAAGACCCCGCCCGAAGGCAUGCACAUCAUGGGCGAGUGGGUACCGGGCGACACCACUGUCAGCAUGUCGGGCAUCGUCGUGCACCGCGACGAGUCCGUGUUCCCCGAGGCCGACAAGUACGUCCCGGACCGGUGGCUCGGCGACAAGGGCAAGGAGCUGCAGCCGUACUUCCUGGCCUUCUCGGCCGGCGCGAGGGGCUGCAUCGGCCGCAACAUCUCGUACCUGGAGCAGGCCGUGCUGCUGGCGUCCGUGGUCCACCGGUACGAGUUCGCGCUGCCGCGGGAUUUCGAGAUGGCGCGCGAGGAGACGAUGAACUGGUUGCUGGGCGAGAUGCCCGUUAAAGCCUGGAGGCGGCGGCUGGAAGGGGAGGAAAACACAGUGGUGUGAGAUCAGAUCGAUCGCUUGGCUGCAAUGAUUUUGGCGUUGGCGUUUGGGGGGGAGGCGGAGGUAUCAACAACUUGAUGAUCUAUGAAAGCAUAAGAUUUCCAGCUGAUUCCGAGUGAGGCAUCGUCUCUUGGAAUCGAAGAUAUCGUGGCCGCCUUGCAAUCGAGAAAGGCGAAAGGUACAUGUCGGAAGCAACGCGGCCAAAAGGUUCGGAGUGUUGUGUGAAAAGUUAAUUAAAAGAUGAUUCGAAUAAAGAUGGAAGUUCAAGUGACUGAUUUAAUUUCCAAUAUACUCACAUCCAAUGCC